UUCACACUGCCAGGAGAUCACGUUAAGUCAUGGCGCAGACAAACAGUUGUAGUCAGAGCAGCAAUGGAGUGGCUGAUGAAUCCCCCAACAUGCUGGUCUACAGAAAGAUGGAAGAUGUCAUCGCUCAUAUGCAAGAUGAGACAAAUGGAAUUCCUGUCCGCACAGUCAAGAGUUUUUUAUCUAAAAUCCCAAGUGUUUUUUCAGGUUCUGACAUUGUACAGUGGAUGAUCAAAAACCUGAACAUUGAUGAUCAAGCUCUCCUUGAGUGACUCCUCUCCAGCUGAGCGAUGAGCCCCUGAGCGAUGAGCCCCUCUGCAGUCCCCUGGCACCUGGUCUGCCCAGCACAGCAUCCCAGCUCCCAGCCAUCAGCCCAGCACAUGGCAGCUCCCAGCUGUGGACAGAGUAGAGGCUAAACCCCUCAAACCAUGACCCUUCGUUUGAUGAGCCUUAGAGCAGAGACUGGAGGGACAGAGGGGGAGGGGAGGACAGCUCGGAAAGCCUUCUCACUGGUGGGAGGGGAUGCUGGCUUUGAAGUGUUGCAGGAGGAUAAAAAAACAUUUCUGAUGUAGCACUCUUCUUUCCCUUUCACUAGGCCAUCAUGAUGCUAGUAACCAUAUGCAAAUACAACUGGACUCUAACGAAGGUUCAACCUCAUGGUUAAUUGGCUUUUUACCAAUUUACCGUACAACAGACCACGUAUUCACCCUGCGCACCCUAAUUGACAAACAAACAAACCAAAACAAAGGCAAAGUCUUCUCAUGCUUUGUUAAUUUCAAAAAAAGCUUUCGACUCAGUUUGGCAUCAGGGUCACCUAUACAAAUUGAUGGAAAGUGGUGUUGGGGGAAAACAUACGACAUUAUAAAAUGUAUGUACACAAACAAAAAGUGUGUGGUUAAAAUUGGCU